AUGCCGCGUACACCAGUCUACUUUCUCUCCCACGGAGGCCCCAACAUAAUGGAAGACUUUGACCACCCAGCCUACUCCAAACUCCAAGAAAUCGGCAAGGAAAUCACCGGGAAAGUGAAACCUAAAGCUGUAGUCGUGUUUUCCGCACACUGGCAAGCAAGUCCCGACAAAAUACAAGUCAACACUGCGGAGAUCACGGAUUUAAUUUACGAUUACUACGGUUUCCCGGAUCAUUAUUAUAAGGUCAAGUACCCGAAUGUGGGAAGUAGGGAUUUGGCUGGAAAGGUGUUGGGUGCGUUGGAAGGGGCGGGGAUCGAGGCGGAAGGGGUCAAGAGGGGAUUGGAUCAUGGUGUUUUUGCGCCUUUCACCGUGGCGUUUGAUCCGAAGACGAACCCGCUGAAUGUGCCUUUGGUGCAGGUGUCACUUUUCGAUAGCGAUGAUGCGGAUAAGCAUUACAAGCUUGGAGAAGCGAUGCAAGGGCUGAGAGAGGAGGGUAUUUUGGUUAUUGUAAGUGGUAUGGCUGUGCACAACUUGAGGGACAUGUGGAAGGCCAUGCAGCAGCCUGCUCCCAUGCCUUACAGUGUGAGCUUUGAUGCUGCGUUGAAGCAAGCAGUUGAACAGAAGCCAGAAAACAGACAAAAGGCGAUGGCCGAAUUGCUGCAGAGAAGUGAUGCAAGAAGAGCUCAUCCAUCGUUUGAGCAUUUGUUGCCCAUUCAUAUCGGUGCUGGCGCUGCCGGUAGUGAUAGCGGAAAGCAGUUGUGGACUUUGCCGCAAGGAAGCAUGUCCUGGGCUCAGUUCAGAUUUGGCGAGGUCUCGAACGUUACAGCGUGA